ACUGUGGCCCUUCCUCUCCCCUCCUACCAUUCUCUGUGUGUUUGUAUCUAUAAAAAUAUAAUGUUAUGUUACUUUGAAAGAUUAAAAUCUCUAUGAUAUAUAUGAAAGAUUAAAAUCUCUAUGAGAUCAAGCAAUCUUCAUUCUGUGAAACAGAUUAGAUAUUGUAACAGAAAUGGGCAACUUUUUAUGCUGCGUACAAGUUGACCAAUCUACAGUUGCCAUCAAGGAGAGAUUUGGCAAGUUUGAUGAUGUUCUUGAACCAGGAUGUCAUUGCAUGCCUUGGAUUCUUGGAAGACAGAUUGCUGGCCAUCUCUCGCUUCGAUUGCAGCAGUUGGAUGUUCGUUGCGAAACCAAGACAAAGGAUAAUGUGUUUGUCAACGUGGUUGCAUCAGUCCAAUAUCGUGCUCUAGCAGAUAAAGCAAGUGAUGCUUUCUACAAACUCAGCAAUACUAGAACCCAGAUCCAAGCCUACGUUUUUGAUGUGAUCAGGGCCAGUGUUCCAAAACUGAACUUGGAUGAUGUUUUCGAGCAAAAGAAUGAUAUAGCAAAAGUUGUUGCACAGGAGCUUGAGAAGGCAAUGUCUGCUUAUGGAUAUGAAAUAGUCCAAACACUCAUCGUUGAUAUAGAACCUGAUGAACAUGUGAAACGAGCCAUGAAUGAAAUAAAUGCAGCUGCCAGAUUAAGGGUAGCAGCUAAUGAGAAAGCAGAGGCAGAGAAGAUCGUUCAAAUCAAGCGAGCAGAGGGUGAGGCUGAAUCCAAGUACCUAUCAGGACUUGGUAUUGCCAGGCAGCGCCAAGCAAUCGUGGAUGGUCUAAGAGACAGUGUGCUUGGCUUUUCUGUUAAUGUACCAGGGACAACAUCAAAGGAUGUUCUGGACAUGAUCCUCAUAACACAAUAUUUCGACACCAUAAAGGAGAUUGGUGCGGCCAGUAAAUCUUCAGCGGUGUUUAUCCCUCAUGGACCCGGUGCAGUUAAUGACGUUGCCGCCCAAAUUCGAGAUGGGUUGCUUCAGGCAACCUCUCACCGCUAAUCAUGUCAAUUAAGAAGUGUUUUUCUUCUCUAAUUUGUUGAAUAAACUAGAUAAAGGAAAAUAAUCUUCAUUUCCCAUAAA